AUGAUCGACUCCGAGCGAAGACGACGCCCACCCAAACGAAGCCAACGAAGCCGAACGGAGAUGACACUGUGCGACACGUUCCGCGUCCCGUCGCACCUCUUCUUCAACUCCAAUGAAGCCCUCCGACCGCCUUACAAUAUUAUCCUAGACACCAAUUUCUUCGUGAAUUCCGUUCGCCAUCGCAUCGAUAUAUCGAGCGCCUUGAUGGAUCUACUUCUGGCGAAGUGCACACCGGUUGUGACAGACUGCGUCAUCGCGGAGCUAGAAAAGCUUUCUACAAAGAAUCGCCUUGCCCUACGAGUAGCAAAAGACCCUCGCUUCAAGCGACUUGCGUGCUCCCACUCUGGGACAUAUGCCGACGAUUGUAUCAUGUCCAUCUUAUCUGAACACCGGAUCUAUCUCGUCGGAACUGGAGACGCUGAUCUCAAGAGGCGGUUGAGGCGCCUUCCUGGUGUGCCGCUUGUAGCAGUAGGGAGGGGCAAGUACUACGUCGAGAGAUUGCCCGAGGCCGUAGCCUAG